AUGUCACAAAUACUGCCCGCAACAAAUACGCCGGUUCAAACGCCUUCGGCUGAAAAAUUUCAUGAUGAACAUGUGAUUAGUCAAGAAGAACAUAAUGAGAAUAGUCUAGAGAACAAGUCUAUCUUGAAACAUAAUGAAGCUGAUAAAAAUGAUAUCAAUGAAGACAAUAUGGAUGUUUCCUUACAGCUGCAACUGCAACUGCAACAACUGCAACAACAACCACAGCCUUCACAUGAGCCACUUUCGCCACCCAACCCAUCGCCGACUCCGGAAAAGAGGAAAUUGGAAGAUGAAUUGACACACGAGGAGAAAGCUCCAUCUGAAAAUAACAACGAGGAGCCAGAAGCAAAAAAGCUCAAAGUUGAUGAGGAAGGUUCGCAAUUACAAGAACCAGAAAGUGUCUCUCCUGAUGCUAAUGGAAGUGCCGAGUCUGAUCAAAAUGCCAACGAGAGCGAAAAAGCUCCAAACAGUGAAGAAAAGAAGGAGGAGGAGGAGCAGCCCAAUGCAUCUCAAAAUGAAGAAUCUACCGAAACAGCUGAUGCAACAACUGCACAACAACUGCAACUGCAACAUCUUCCUGUAUUCACUGAGCCAGCACCAAAGCCACCAGCAGAACCUGAUAUGGAUAACUUGCCUGAACAUCCAAUGCCAUCUCACCAAGCAAAGUUUGCUUUGCACACAAUCAAAGCAAUAAAACGUCUUAAAGACGCUAAGCCAUUCCUAGCACCAGUUGACACGGUAAAAUUGAAUGUUCCCUUUUAUUACAACUACAUCCCUCGUCCUAUGGACUUGGCCACGAUUGAGAGAAAAGUGAACGCUAAUGCAUAUGAAGAUAUAUCACAAGUUGUUGAUGACUUCAAUUUAAUGGUGGAAAAUUGUAAGAAAUUCAAUGGAGAGGCCGCUGGUAUAUCAAAGAUGGCGACAAAUAUACAAGCACAUUUUGAAAAACAUAUGCUUAAUGUGCCUCCUAAGGAAUUACCAGCCGGUGUUUCUCCUUCAAAGUUUAUUGCUGGUGCCAAUGAUUCUUCGAUAACCAGCAAGAGAAAAGUUGCCACUGAAUCCAAUUCACAACAACAUAGAGAUUCAGUAGCUACUGCUAGGCCAAAAAGAACCAUCCAUCCACCAAAGUCAAAAGAGUUACCAUAUGACGUAAGACCAAGAAAGAAAAAGUUUGCUGCUGAAUUGAGGUUCUGCAACCAAACAAUUAAGGAAUUGACGUCAAAGAAGCAUUACAAUUACAACUUCCCAUUUUUAGCACCAGUCGAUACUGUAGCUCUCAAUAUUCCCAAUUACAAUGAGAUAGUCAAGGAGCCAAUGGAUCUCGGUACAAUACAAUCUAAGUUGACCAACAAUUUAUACGAAAAUGCCGACGACUUUGAAAAGGAUGUUAGAUUGGUGUUCCGCAACUGCUAUGCUUUCAAUCCAGAAGGAACUGAUGUCAAUAUGAUGGGACACAGGUUGGAGGCAAUCUUUGACAAGAAAUGGGCCAAUAAACCAGUCCCAGAACCAACACCUCAACAUUCAGAAGCCAGUGACGAUGACUUCAGCAGCGAUGAAGAAGAGGAAAUCACCGAGGCCGUGCUUUCAGAAGUACCAGCUAUUCAAUUUUUAGAAAACCAAUUGAUUAGAAUGAAGGAAGAAUUGGAUAAAAUGAAGGCUGAACAUUUGAGGAAAUUAAAAGAACAACAAGCUGCAAGGCGAAAGAGGAAGAAGUCUCAAUCUGGAAAGCGUGGAUCAAAAUCAAAGAGAUCUAGAGAACAUUCACAUACUCCUUCCAGUCAUCAAAAUCAAAUCAAACUUACCCCACCACAACCUGUUGUCACUUAUGAAAUGAAGAAGCAAGUCUCUGAAGCGGUCCCCACAUUGUCAGAUAAGAAGUUGAAUGCAUUGAUCAAAAUUAUUCAGGACGAUGUUCAAAUCACUAAUGAAGAUGAAGUCGAAUUGGAUAUGGAUCAAUUGGGAGAUUCAACAGUUCUCAAACUCUAUGACUUUUUGUUUGGUGAAAAGGCAUCGCAAAAGUCAUUGAAGAGAAAGAAAUUGGCCAGUGGUGGUGGCAGUGGCAGUGGAGGAGCUAAUCUUGAUGAAAUGGCUCAUUUGAGGCAACAAUUGGCCUUGUUUGAUCAAGGUAAUGGACAAACUGCCGAACAACAAUUUGCCAAUAAUGAUAUCAUGCCAUCAUCAAUACCAAAACGACCGCUUAGUAACCGUCCUACUUAUAUAAUCAAGAGAUGUCAAGAACAAAAACGACCGGCUUAUGUCGCUGGUCCCAUGGUUCGUUACUCCAAACUCCCAUUUCGUGAACUAUGUCGAUUUUACAAUGUUGAUAUCGUUUAUACACCCAUGAUUCUAGCUCGUGAAUUUGUUAGGAACGGCAUUGCGCGGUACUCUGACUUCACCACUAAUGAUAAAGAUCAGCCGGUCAUUGUUCAAGUUGGUGUAAGUAACGUGGAGGAUUUUAUGAAAUUUAUUGAAAUGAUUCAUCCCUAUGUCGAUGGCAUUGGCAUAAAUUGUGGAUGUCCAAUACGAGACCAGAUACGCGAAGGUAUAGGAGCAGCAUUAAUGAGUAAACCUCAGUUGGUCGCCAAUUUAAUCGCAACGGCAAAAGCCAAGUACGGUGAUUCGAUAUGCAUAGAUACCAAAAUCCGUAUCCAUAAUGAUAUAAAUGAAACGAUUGAAUUUGUCAGACUUAUUGAAGAAGCUGGAACCGAUAUCAUCACCAUUCAUGGACGUACCAAAACCACCCGGUCAUCAGUGCCUGUGAAUCUAGACGCGAUUAGAACCCUACGCCAGCAUAUUAAGACCGUUCCCGUGAUAGCCAAUGGUGACUGUUUUACAUUGGAUGAUUGUAAUCGGAUUGCUGAGUAUACCGCAGUUGAUGGAGUCAUGUCAGCACGCGGAGUCUUGGCAAACCCGGCUUUGUUCACCGGGCUAGACAAAACUCCUUGGAGUGCCGUCGAGAUGUUUAUGCAUUUAACAACAAGCUAUGGUUUACCAUACAAACUAUCACAAUACCAUGUGGUCCAAUUCAUGGAGAAUAUGGAUAUUCCCAGAAGAAUAAUCAAAGACAUUAAUGAAUGCAAGAGUAUGAUUGAUAUGAUGGAUUUAUUAGACAAGUACUUUUACGUCAAGAGGAAACUGGAAAAGGGUUUCGCUACUGCGGUUGAGCCCAACUGGAGAUUAAAACUUGAAUCUGUAUAG